ACGUGUGCACGCGAAGGAGAGACAGGAGGGAAAGGGAGAGCGAGGAAAGACUAGCCUACAUCAAAAACCACAGCCAUGGUCUUGGUAUGUACAAUGAUAUAAGGCUAAAAGUAGGCUAUCCUUUGUUUUCAUUCUUCAAAGGAGACUAAUUCUCUUUUUGUUUUGGGUAGAUUGGAUGUUCUCGUUUUCAUUAGACCUCCGGUUCGUUGGUGGAAAAUUCAUCAUCGGGUCUCAUCAGCUCAUCCUUUCUCUCCUUUGAAGCGCUUGGUGUAAUAAAUUCAAUACAGCUACAUUAUUAACACUCAGACGGUGGUGAAAAAAUGCGCCUCAUCCCGUCGUUUCUUGACCACGGUUUUUGGCGGUGCGAGUUUGGUCGACUCUGCUGAGUCUUUACGCACUGAGAGGGAAGAUUUUUCUUUUUUUUCUCUCGCUAUUGAAUCGCGCUCAGUUCUCCUUAAAUUGGAAUUAAGACUGAAAUACAGAAUCUGAACCUUUGAUUGAUAAUUACAAGGGGACUGUUUGUGGCAUAUGUGUACAAUUUGCGAACGUAUGACCUUUUUUAAUCUAUAGACUACGGGGUCCUCAAACAAAAAGCGUUGUUGAGGGACUGCUUAUAGGGACAGAUAGAGACACCGGGAAUAGGCUACCAGAUAACGCCAAAGGUGUGGAAAAAUGCUUCCCUCACAAGAAGCCUCCAAAAUUUACCAUGACAACUACAUGCGGAACUCGCGAGCCAUUGGUGUUCUAUGGGCUAUCUUCACCAUAUGUUUGGCGAUUAUAAACGUGGUGGUUUUCACUCAGCCCUAUUGGAUUGGGGACAGUAUGAAUACUCCUCACGCCGGCUACUUUGGCUUGUUCCAUUAUUGCGUUGGCUACGGGAACUCCAACCGGGAGCUCGCCUGCCAGGGAACCUUUGCCGAGUUCAGCUCCAUUCCCUCUGGUGCAUUUAAAGCGGCCUCGUUCUUUGUGUUGCUGUCCAUGGUGCUCAUCUUGAGCUGCAUCGGCUGUUUUGCGCUCUUCUUCUUCUGCAACACCGCCACUGUCUACAAGACCUGCGCUUGGAUGCAGCUGCUAUGCGUGUCCUGUGUUGGAUAA